AUGAGUUGGCGCGCGCAGAUCUCCCGCAGUAUCCAGGAGCUGCGUUUCGUGGCGUGUGAUACUUCACAGAGCAGCGCGGGUUUGCGCACCUUUUUCCACCAAAACUAUCGUGAGCUUAAAAUGCUGAAUCCCCUUACACCGUUCGUCUAUCGCGAGGCAGAGGAGAUGGAGCCGUUUGUGUACGCCCGAUUUGACUGGGGCGUGGAGAAGAAGGUGCCUGUGCCUGGAAAAAGCGACAAGGAGAUCCUCGCGGUACUCAAGGGUCUCGUGGAUCACGGUCUUACGCUGCCCAAGUCGCCUGAGAGCGACGUCCUUGUGGCUGCCCCUACCAUUGAGGCCGAAAAGGGCGAGAGUGCGUACGAGCCCGUCAACCUCACGUGGGACGGCAAGACGUUGCGUCGCAACCCGGACUUUGACAUUCCGCUAGAGGAAGCUUUGAAGUCUUGA